AUAAUUUCUCUUCUACCGGCUGACUUGAUAUGCCUAACACCAGGAUUUACUUCAGAAAUGUUACCUUUGAUGAGACUAAAUCGAAUAAUUAAGAUUCAGACCUUUUGGGAAUUCUUUGACCAUUUUGACAGCGUUUUGUCGUCACCGUAUGUAGUCCGAGUUACAAGAACAUUAACGUACAUGGUCUACUUAGUGCAUUUAAAUGCGUGUGCGUAUUACUAUGUUUCGGUUAAAGAAGGGCUUGCUACGAACAACUGGGUGUUCAACGGUCAGGGAAACGCGUGA